AUGGCCGGCGACGACGACUUGUACCACCCCAAGGACGCCAUCAAGGCCAGCAUCCAGGCCUCCACGACCCUUGGUGGUGCCGGUUUCUUCAUGGCCGCCGUUCACAAUGCCCUCCAGAAGCAGAACGUCGGCGCCAUGUCCGUUUUCACCCGCAGCGGUGGCAUCAUCGCAGUCAUGGCGAUUGGUGGCGGCGCAUACGGCUUCACCCAGUCGGCAAUGGCCAACCUCAGAGAAAAGGACGAUGCCUGGAACACGGCGACUGCCGGUUUUGUUGCCGGUUCCAUUCUUGGAAUGACCACCAAGAGGAUGCCCGUCGUGCUCGGCUUGGGCGCUGCCUUUGGCGCGUGGCAGGGAGUUUUCCAGCUCACUGGCGGACGUUUGAGGGGAUGGUCAGAAAACAAGCUGGAUGACGAGGCCGCCUUCGACAGCAAGAUUGCCCAGCGCCAGGCCAAGAGACGCCCCAUUGAGGAGACGAUUGCAGAGAUUGGCGAGGGCCGUGGCAUCCGGCCACCGGGCUACGAGGAGCGGAGACGCGAGCGACUCAAGGAGAAGUACGGAGUCGAGAUCAACCCCGUCAAGGCGACCGUCGAGUAA